AUGGCAAUACAAUCUGCUAAUGAUAUAUCUUCCUUCAGUGGUCCACCAAUUUCGAGCGUCGGUACAGACACAAGGAGAGUUAGCGAACGAAAGUGUGAGCAGUACAGCCGAGGUGUGACAGAGAAGAUCGAUUUUAUAACGUUAAUGACAAACCCUGAGAUGAUAUCUAUAUCUUUACUAAAAUGCAAGUAUUCAGGAGUGGAACUCAUUGUUGGGGGUGAGAGCUCUGACCAAGGGGAGUUUCCGCAUAUGGCAGCAAUAGGUUUCACAAACUUCGACGACGGCUACAACUUCAGCUGUGGUGAAGCCCUCAUCAGUCCUCGGUUCGUGCUGACAGCCGGCCACUGCACCCGAAAUCUUCGAGCGAAGGAUCCUGAGCCUGUCAUCGUUAGGCUUGGAGACCAGAACAUAGACCCUAGUGUCAGUGAUGGAGCCAACCCAGUGGAUGUUCCUAUAAAGAGAAUCCACAAACACCCCGACUACCGUCCGCCAGCGAGAUACAACGAUAUCGCGUUGCUGGAACUAAACUUGGACGUGGAGAUCGAUUCAGACAUACGGCCCGCCUGCUUGUGGCAGCAAAACGGAUUCGGGGGUGAAACUAAAGCUAUAGCUACCGGAUGGGGAACUGUCAACCCUGAUAUAAGAGAGGUAGCGAAAGAUCUACAAAAGGUGUCGGUAAAUCUGUUGAACAAUACUGAUUGUGCUAAACUGCUCGACACUAGACACUCUAACUUGAGGGGACUGUCGCUGUCGCAGAUGUGCGCUGGUGAGCUCAGAGGAGGAAAGGACACCUGUCGGGCUAAUUCCGGAUCUCCCUUACAAAUACCUUCGAAAGACAAACAAUGCAUCUUUCAUAUUAUUGGCAUCACGUCGUUUGGUGAACAGUGUGCUAACGGACCGCCAGCCGUCUACACCAGAAUAUCAAGCUAUUUAGACUGGAUCGAGGGCAUUGUGUGGCCUGGAGAAUAAAUAUCCAUACUUAAUUAUUAUUAAUUAAUUGAAUACUUUUUUAUAUAUAUUCUUUUUUUAUUUACACCAAUAUUAAUUGUCCUAGCAAGCUAUAUAGACUGGAUUUAAGAGAUUGUGUGGUCUGGAGAAUAAAUAUUAUAUUAAUACUUAAUUUUUUUUAUACCACGUAGUUGGCAAAAAAGCAUACGGCACAUCUGAUGCUAAACGGUUACCGUAGCCUAUGGACGUACUAAAUUAUUAUUAAUUAAUGAAAUUUUCUGAUUA